CAACGAGAAACGGCGAACGGAAGUGUCUAAACUGCUUCCCGUUGGAUGUUUAUGUAAAAAAGACGCACAUUUUCUGAUCAGGAGUUAUUGUUAUUUUUCUGAGUAAUGGACAUCCUCAAAGCGGAGAUCGCGAGGAAAAGAAAACUCAUAGAGGAGAAAGAGUUGGUAGAUGAUUCAAAGAAAUACUUCAAACGGGCUGAUCUUGCGCGUAAGGAAGAGGAGGAUUAUUACAGGAGAUGUGGAUACAAGGUUUCUAAUGAGCAGCCUGUGCGACAGCUGGACAAGACCGAGGAGGAGGCGCCUCCAUCUACAUCAUCCAAUCCUGUGUUAGAACUGGAGCUCACAGAGGAGAAGCUGCCAAUGACGCUCUCUCGACAAGAGGUGAUCAGACGUCUGAGGGAACGUGGCGAGCCGAUCCGUCUGUUUGGCGAAUCCGAUUAUGAUGCUUUCCAGAGACUCCGGAAGAUUGAAAUUCUAGCACCAGAAGUAAACAAGGGUUUGAGGAAUGAUCUAAAGGCUGCCAUGGAUAAGAUCGAUCAGCAGUAUCUGAAUGAGAUCGUCGGUGGAGCAGAGGGCACUGAACUGGAUACACAACAUGAUCUCAAAGUGCAUGAAGAAAAUACCACCAUUGAGGAGCUAGAGGCUCUGGGAGCGUCUCUUGGCACUGGUGAUGAUUUUAGAGACAUGGACAUCAUAAAUAAAGUUUUAAGGUUUUUGCUGGGUGUGUGGGCUAAAGAUCUAAACAGCCGAGAGGACCACGUGAAGCGCAGUGUCCAGGGCAAACUCGCCAGUGCCACCCAAAAGCAGACUGAAUCUUACUUGGAACCUCUUUUCAGAAAACUGCGCAAGAAGAAUUUGCCAGCAGAUAUUAAGGAGUCCAUCACAGACAUCAUAAAGUUCAUGCUGGAGAGAGAAUAUGUUAAGGCAAAUGAUGCUUAUCUGCAGAUGGCUAUUGGAAAUGCUCCAUGGCCCAUUGGUGUGACCAUGGUGGGUAUCCACGCUCGUACUGGACGUGAAAAGAUCUUCUCCAAACACGUCGCUCAUGUGCUCAACGACGAGACCCAGAGGAAAUACAUUCAGGGGCUGAAAAGAUUAAUGACAAUCUGUCAGAAACAUUUCCCAACGGAUCCCUCAAAGUGUGUGGAGUACAAUGCUCUGUGACGUACAAAUCACAGCAUUCAAAAUGUAUGGCUGUCUCUCAUUCUCUCAUGUUGUAAAUACCUUUUUGACUGUAAAUAUACACCAAUCUUGAGAAUA